AUGGAUACGAAUCGGCUAAACAGAAUCGAUUAUGUAUUCGAAAUAAAACAAGAAUGUAAAUUCGAAGUAUUAGAUGAUGAUGGAGGAAAUAGUUUCGAUUUUGUUGGUGAGUGUUUUACUACAAUAGGUGCUAUAGUCGGAUCUAAAAACAAUGUUUAUAUAUCUUAACUAAAAGCAAAAAAUAACUAAGUAACUGGAAAUAUAGUAAUAUUAAGUGAGGCAUAAGAAGAAUGCCGAGACUAUAUUUUUAUGUAAUGGAAAGGGAUAAAAUUAGCCAAUACAGAUGGUUGGUUUAGUAAAAGCGACCCUUUUUUAAGAUUUAAAAGAGUUAGGGAAGAUAAAAACGAAAUUUUAUGUCAUGAAACAGAAGUUAUAAUGGAAAAUUUAAACCCAGUAUGGAGACCGUUUGAAAUAAGUGGAUAGAUAUUAUAUAAUGGAGACACUUUUAGACCUAUUAAAGUAGAAUGCUGGGAUUGGGAAAAAAGCUAAGUUUUCUAAUUUAUUGGUGAAACUUAAUUUAAUAUGAACGAACUUGUAUAUGGUAAAAGAGAAUUUGAGUUAAUUGAUAAGAAAAAAAAAAAAGAGGGAAAUACUUAACUUAAUGUUAUUUUAGCAGUUGAUUUUACAGCCUCAAAUGGAUCUGUAUCAACACCAUAAUCAUUACAUUUCUUAUAACAAAAUUGUUUAAACUAAUAUUAAUAAGCAAUAAUAUCAGUAGGAGAAAUAUUACUUGAUUAUGAUUUUGAUAAAAGAGUUCCAUGUUUUGGUUUUGGAGGCCAUCCUAAGUUUCCUAAUAUGUUUUUAAAUGGUGUUUCUCAUUGUUUUCCUUUAAGUGGAAAUCCCUCAGAUGUUGAAGCUUGUGGAAUGUCAGAAAUGCUAAAUUUAUACUAAUAUGCUUUAUAAAAUGUUAGUUUGAGUGGUCCCACCCUUUUUAAUCCUUUAUUAUAAGAAACAUUGAAAGUAACAUAUGCAUGCAAAUAAUAAGGUUCUUAAAUUUAUACUGUUUUACUAAUUAUUACAGAUGGGGAAAUACAUGAUAUGUAAGAUACUAUAAAUUCACUAGUUUUAGGCUCUGAUUAACCACUUUCGGUUAUUAUUGUAGGUGUUGGAAGUGCUGAUUUUACAAAUAUGAAUAAAUUAGAUGGUGAUGGAUGUAUUUUGACCGAUUCUAAGGGGAGAAAAGCUACUAGAGAUAUUGUUUAAUUUGUUCCUUUUAGAAAUUUUUAGGGAAAUCCUGCUAUUUUAGCAAAAGAAGUUCUAGCUGAGGUGCCUGAUUAAUUAGUUAAAUAUAUGUGUUCUUAAGGAAUUAAACCUUAAGAACCGCAACAGGUCAAUAUGAGCUAAUUUUAACUUCCAGUUAAUUAAGUUGGUAAUAAUGCGAUGCAGUUUGGUGUUAAUUUAUUAAAUUAAGGGGGAUAUCUUAAUGAAUAUCAACACCCUUUGCCUCCUGUAGCAGGAAAUUAACCUAUUGUCGGCGGAGGAUUACCUCCAUUUGUUGGUGGACAACCCCCUGUUGGUGGAUUGCCUUAAUUUGUUGGAGGACAACCUCCAGUAAGUGGUUUCCCUCAAUUUGUUGGAGGACAACCUCCUAAUGGUUAAUAACCUUAAUAUGUUAAUGGAAAACCUCCUGUUGGUGGGUUAUAAUAAUUUAAUUAAUAAAAUAAUUAACAAUAUAAUCAGUAAGUAUAUGCAUAAUAAUAAUAAGGAUAUGAAUAAUAAUAAUAAGGAUAUGCUUAAAAUACAUAAUAAUAAUUUAAUUAGAUAUUUAUUUAAGGAAACUAGGGUAAUUUAGGACAAUAAUAAUAAUUUCCUAUAUAAUAAUCAUAAUAAGUAAAUUUUGGAUAAAAUAAAAAUUGA